AUGGCGAUCCUGGAUAUUCCGCCCAAGGAGGCUUCAGUAUGGCCUAUUACUCUGGGCAUUCUGUCGUGGGUGUUUUGGUCGAACUUGACCAUUUUAUUCAAUAAAUGGGUGAUUGAGUCCACUGAAUUUAGAUACCCAAUCAUCCUAACAACAUGGCAUCUCGUCUUCGCAACCCUUGCUACUCAAGUUCUCGCCCGAACCACCACCAUGCUCGACGGUCGCAAGAGAAUGCGCAUGGACGGCCGAACCUACGUCCGCAUGAUCAUCCCCAUCGGCAUUCUUUACAGCGGUAGUCUCGUCUGCAGCAACAUCGUCUACCUCUACCUGAAUGUUUCCUUUAUUCAAAUGCUCAAAGCCUGUGGCCCAAUAGUAACCCUCCUCACCAGCUGGGCCUGGCAUGUCAAAACCCCGUCGCUCGAAUCCUUCCUCAACAUCCUCCUCAUUGCCUUCAGUGUCGCCCUCGCCGUUGCCGGCGAAGUCCAAUUCUCCUGGCUCGGCGUCAUCUACCAACUCGCCAGUCUUGUUUUUGACGCCAACCGUCUUGUCAUGAUCCAGAUCCUGCUGUCAGACGAGGGCCAGAAAAUGGAUCCCCUGGUGACACUGUACUACUCUGCCCCGGUGUGCGCUUUCACGAACUUUAUGAUCGCGUUCUAUACUGAGCUGCGUGGGUUCAGUUGGAGUGUGGUUGGGGAGACUGGGUUCGGGGUGUUGUUAGCAAAUGCCGCGGUGGGGUUUAUGUUAAAUGUGUCGAUUUUUGUUCUGAUUGGGAAGACAUCCGGUUUGACUAUGACGCUGGUUAGUGUGCCAAAGAACAUCCUGUUGAUUGUUUGUUCUGUGGUGAUAUGGGGCACGCAGAUCACUUCGCUUCAGAUGGUGGGAUAUGCGAUUGCGUUGUUGGGGUUGUUGUAUUAUUCUCUGGGGUGGGCAACUAUUAGGAGGGCAUAUGAUUCUGGGUAUGUCAGGCUGGUUGGGAGACAAGUAGAGAGGGUGGAGAAAGAGGAGGAAAAUGGUUCUAGGUCGGCGUUUAGAGAGCUCGGCGCUGCACCGUCGGAACAAAGCCCGGGGAGUGGAUCCAUAAUGUCGCGGGGUUGGGACCGGAAUUGCGCCGACCAGCGGGGAAGACUUUACGAUCACCUUAAGAAACUUACCAUGGACCAACUAAACGACAUUGGUGGCCGAUUGGCCCUUAUCACCGGCGCCUCAGGAGGAAUCGGCGCCGCCUGUGCCCGCCAACUAGCUGCCAAAUCCGUGCACUUAGCUCUCACCUACUCAUCCAAUUCGACAUCCAUAACCACCCUCCAGAAAGAGCUCCAAGCCCAACAUCCCACCCUCGUCAUCACUAUCCACCAAGUCGACGUCUCCUCACCCGUCCAGAUCACCACCCUUUUCACCGAGAUCCAAUCCCAACACAACAACCGCACCCCGGACAUCCUCAUCUCCAAUGCCGGGUACGGCAAACGGGUCCCGCAAGUAUGGGACAUCACGAUGGAGGAAUUCGAUUACACUCUGACCGUGAAUCUACGGGCCUCGUUCCUGCUCGUGAAGGGGGUAGUCGAACACAUGAAGACGCAGCGCUGGGGGCGGAUCAUCUUCAUGUCGUCGAUUGCGGGGUAUGGGGGUGGCAUUAAUGGAUGUCAUUAUGCGGCCUCAAAGGCAGGGUUGACGGGGAUGAUGAAGAACCUGGCAACGAGGUUAGCAGAGUACAAUAUUAGUGUUAAUGAUGUUGCGCCGGCGAUGAUUGGGGAUACAGGGAUGAUCCCUAAUGCUGAGGCCAUUCCGGAGGUGGCAAGCACGAUUCCCCUAGGGAGGUUGGGGUUGCCGGAGGAGGUGGCUAAUGUUGUCACUAUGUUAGUGAAGACGGGGUAUAUGACGGGGCAAAGUUUGUUGUUGGCGGGAGGGCUGAAAUGAUGGGUUUCUUCGGUUAAUAU